AUGAAUUCAAGCUCAGCUGCAUCUAAAUUAAUAAGAAAGGCUUAUCAUGCUGGCUCAUGGUACACAGAUGACCCAGAGGAACUGAAUACCUAACUUUCAGGAUACUUAGCUAAUAGCUAACCAAUUCCUGAAGACUCUCAUUAGCAUCUUAAAGCCUUGAUCGGCCCACAUGCUGGCUUCAGAUACAGUGGACCAACUGCAGCUUGGGCCUACAUUAAUAUCAGAAAUCCAGAGUAGUACAAGAGAGUGUUCCUUCUAGGACCCUCGCAUAAAGUUUUUCUUGAUUUCAUCGCUACUACAGUCUGUACUGAAUGGGCUACCCCACUAGGAAACCUAAAAGUGGACCAUGAUACAAUAAAAGAGCUUUUAUCUAAGGGUAAUAAUGAUGGAGAUGAGUUGUUCUAGCAGAUUGAUAAAAAGUACGAAGAGAAUGAACACUCCUUAGAGAUGCAUAUUCCUUACAUUAGAAAGAUGUUUGAAGGUUAAGAUGAUGUCUAACUAGUACCAUUAAUGGUAGGUCAGAUACCAAAUGAUAAAUUUGAUAGAUACGCAGAAAUCCUCAAACCAUAUUUCCUUGAUGCGCAAACUUUAUUUGUGGUAUCUAGUGAUUUCUGUCACUGGGGUAAACGCUUCCAGUUCACUCUUAGAUAUAAGGAUGAUAAAAAGGCUUAACCUAUUUACAAAAGCAUAGAGACAUUGGAUCACGAGGGUAUGAACUUAAUUGAAAUGCAUGAUUUCUCUGGCUUCCAAUAAUACCUAACUAGUUAUAAGAAUACAAUAUGUGGUAGAUUCCCAAUUCAAAUGCUUUUGGCAAUAAUCAAAUCUGUUUAGAAAUCAAACAGUGCAGACUAUGAGGUUGAGACCAAGUUUGUAAAGUAUGCAUAGAGCAGCUAAGUGCAAGAUGAUGAAGAGGACUCUUCAGUUAGCUAUGCUAGCUCUUAUACCCUUUUGAAGCCAAAGAAAUGA